AUGGGGUCAAGCACUACAUCUAGUCAAGAUUCUCUUGAGGAUUCUGUUGAUCUUGACAAUCCGUGGACACAUUACAAUCUUGCCCUCGAACACUGGGAGCACUUCGAGCAAUCAUGGGAACGGGAAGAACUUGAAAAGUCCAUUAUUCACAAUCGUACUGCUCUAGAACUUUGCCCUAAAGGACAUCCUGAUUGCUCGGACUUUUUGUAUAACCUUGCACUAUGUCUUUAUUCACGAUAUGAACAUUGGGGCCAAAUCGAAGAUCUAGAAGAAUCCAUUGAGUUGGGCCGAGCUGCCCUCAAGCUUCGACCCGAAGGCCAUCCUGAUGGUUCCAGUUCUCUCAACAACCUUGCGAGCUCUCUGACAAUCCGAUACAAGCAGCAAGGAAGGACGGAGGACCUCGAGGAAGCCAUUGAGUUGCACCGAGCCACCCUCGAGCUUCGACCCGAAGGCCAUCCUCGUCGUUCCAUCUCUCUCAACAACCUUGCGAACGCUCUGAUAACUCGAUACGAGCAGCAAGGAAGAGUGGAGGACCUCGAGGAAGCCAUCGAGUUGCACCGAGCCGCCCUCGAGCUUCUCCCCGAAGGCCAUCCUGAUCGUUUCAUGUCUCUCAACAAUCUUGCGAACUCUCUGACAACCCGAUAUGAGCAGCAAGGAAGGACAGAGGACCUCGAGGAAGCCAUCGAGUUGCACCGAGCCACCCUCGAGCUUCUCCCCGAAGGCCAUCCUCGUCGUUCCAGUUCUCUCAACAACCUUGCGAGCGCUCUGACGACCCGAUACUACCAGCAGGGAAGUAUGGAGGACCUCGAGGAAGCCAUCGAGUUGCACCGAGCCGCCCUCGAGCUUCUCCCCGAAGGCCAUCCUGAUCGUUCCAUGUCUCUCAACAAUCUUGCGAACUCUCUGACAACCCAAUAUGAGCAGCAAGGAAGGAAAGAGGACCUCGAGGAAACCAUCGAGUUGAACCGAGCCGCCCUCGAGCUUUUCCCCGAUGGCCACCCUGAUAGUUCCAGUUCUCUCAACAACCUUGCGAACGCUCUGACGACCCGAUACGGGCAGCAGGGAAGGAUAGAGGAUCUCGAGAAAGCCAUCGAGUUGCACCGAGCUGCCCUCGACCUUCGACCCGAAGGCCAUCCUGAUCCAUUCUCGGGAUUGUUGGUCCGCCUUCCUGCCGCCCAACGAUGGGUAACACUUGCGCGAUUGCACAAUCACAUCUCCACCUUUACCGCAUACGAAGCAACCACAUCGAUCCUUCAAUACGCUCUCACUAUAAAUCCAACUCUUCGCGAACAACAUGAUUUUCUUCUUAGGAAUGGCGAUUACAGGAUGCUUGCCUUGGACGCCGCUUCCUACGCGAUAGAGAAAGGUCAAUUAGAGCAGGCUGUAGAGAUAUUGGAGCAAGGAAGAGGCUUACUUUGGUCACAGCUGCGCGGUCUUAGGACCCCUCUGGAUCAGCUUGCAGAAAUGAACGAAGGACUUGCCGACAGAUUCAGGGAUCUAUUGAGGUUGAAGAAGCAACUCUCGCACGAGCAAGAUGAGAUUAUUAACGAGAUCCGACGAGUGCCUGGAUUCGAGAGCUUCCUUGCAGCUACGCCAUUUAAAGAGCUGCAGUGGGCAGCGUCAGAAGGACCGAUCAUCAUCGUGAACCAUAGCAAAUAUCGAUCCGAUGCCCUCAUUAUCCUCCCUUAUGAUGUCUCAGCAGUUGUCUGCGUUCAGCUGGACAAAGAGUUCUAUAACGACAGCAUCAAGCUAUGUAACGAACUUGUGGAAACACGCGGACGACUCAAAUCGGACCCGGUAGAAUAUGACAAGAAACUUUGUGAAGCGAUGAGGAUGUUAUGGGAUAGAGCUGUUUCCAAAGUUGUUGAUAAAUUUUCAGAAUGCGGUGUCGAAAAAGGAUCUCGGAUCUGGUGGUGUCCUACAUCGGUGUUAUCUGCGCUCCCAUUCCAUGCCGCAGGACCAUAUAAGGAUGCAGAUGGGACUACAAAGUACUUAUUAGAUGACUAUAUUUCGUCAUAUACUCCGACAAUCGGCGCACUCAUCAGUGCCCGAUCCAAGGUUAGCAUGAGUGAACCAAAAUUGCUUAUUGUCGGAGAUACUGCUACGCUUCGAUCAACUCGACAGGAAAUUCGGGACAUUCGGAACUGCUUAGGGUGUGACAAAUCAGCAACUACGGUACUGCUCGAUCGCAGAGCGUCUCAUCGUACAGUAUUGACGAUGCUUCAGAAGGUCACAUGGGUUCACUUCGCUUGCCAUGGCCACUUAGACCCGAAACCAUUUGAUUCAUCGUUCAAACUCUCUGGCCGAAAUUUGACAUUACUCGAUGUCAUCCGAGCAAACGUCCCGAAUGCGGAGUUCGCAUUUCUCUCUGCUUGCCACACUGCCGAGUUGUCUCAUUCUGGUGCACACGACGAAGCACUUCAUCUCUCAGCGGCCAUGCAAUUCAGUGGGUUCCGAAGUGUGAUCGGGACAAUGUGGGAGUUAUACGACGAGGAUGGGCCUCACUUCGCUCGGGUCGUUUACGAAUAUAUGAAUGACUGUGAAGACAGCGAAGUGAAGUAUAAGCGGGCAGCUGCAGGACUUCGGAAAGCGGCAUUAGAGUUGAGAGCAAGGGAAGGAAUUCCGACUGAACGAUGGGUUAAUUUCGUGCAUAUAGGUGCUUGA